UGCGCAGCGCGCGCAGCGAUGCACCGCCUGUGCCCUGCGCCGCGGCCCCGGACCUGGUCCCUCCACUUCGUCCACUUCGUAGCUGCUCAACUGGACUUGCUCCGAGGGGCCGGACCAUGCCCUUGGCUUGGCCGCGGGCCUACGUACUCGUCCACACGCUUAGCGACGUCCCCCACCACUCUGCUGCGCUGCUGCUGCUGCUGCUGUUGGCGACCGGCACCGUCGUCGGCGACCAUCAUCACCACCACCGGUCCAACCACUACGGCAUAGCGCAAAGCUUCGCCCAGGCCCUCACUGGCGGGCAGGGCCCCGACGCAGAGGGCAACUUCUACCAGGACUCCCCCAUCUCCAGGCUGAACCCCUGGCUCUCCGCCUGCGACCUCGCCCACCCCGCCACGGCCCCGGACCUGCAGGGCCCGUGUGCCACCAUCAUGUCGCGAGGCCCCGGCACCGGCCACGCGCACCCCAUCAGGGUCAACGGGGACAUCGCGGAGGGGCCGGGACCGCCGCGAUCACUGCCGGGCACGCCGCCCGGGCCCGUCAGUGAGGAGAAGUGCCCCAAGUCCUGCUCGGCGCACAACGCUUCACACACGCAGUGCCUUCGAUACCUCCACGAGUCGGACAAGGAGAAGCUGUGCUCCAGCAUGAGUGAGGCCCGGCUGGCGGAGUUCCGGCUGCGACACUGUUGCGAACACUCGGUGGCCAACUCGCUCACGCCCGAGGCCCUCAAGGCCGUCCUCUCCUCGUCCACCCAGUGCCUGCACUACCUCGGCACGCUGCUCGACCUGGACGCGCUGGCAGCCAGGCUGUCCUGCGAGUUCGGCGAGAUCCUCUCUCGCUUCGACUGCGACCAUCUCUACUCGGUCAAGUACCGCUGCACUCACUGCCAGGAGUCGUACCGCCGCUGGGUGUGCAGCUCGCUGGUGCCCCACUUUCCACGGCCCGGCGGCCCCCGGGUGCGGCCCUGCAGAUCCGUGUGCCGCUCCGUGGAGCAGAAGUGCCCCUUCUUCCUGCCCGGGGACCGCGCACCGUCUUACCCCACGCAGUACGCCGGGGAGCCGACCUUUCUUUGCGUGGAUCCCAACAUCCCCGAGUCGGGCAUCCAGCGAGCCAACUCGCUGUACGACGAGGACGAAUGCUGCUACAAGCACUGUGACGAGCGCGGGCUGCCGUACCUGUGCCUCAGCAACUCCUCGUGCGCGCAGCGGCCUGCGGAGGACACGCCGCAGCCCGUCAUCUGCGACCCGCCCCCGCCGUGGGACUGGAUCUUAGCCAAGGUCUGUUACCUGUUAUUCCUAAUGUUAGAAAAGUUCAAAGUUAGGAUUGUUAUAAGCAUUGGUCAUUCCAGUCUAUGGUACGAAAGCAAAACACUGGGACUCAUGGCCCCGCGUGGUUUUGUGAAAACUUUAAAUGUAACUGUUAGCAAUGGAGUUUGUGAAACCGAUAUAUUUAUCAUGUUUAUUUGGCAUCACCCUAAGUCGGCACAUGUGGUGCCAACCGCUGUCUCAGUCCGACGAGUGGAGGCCAUGCCUGUUAAUGUACCUAAAGUCUGCGUGUCGAAAUCAAAACCUCCACGAGUGGCUGUAAACCAGUUGAGAAAAAUCAAACAAUUUUCAGAUUUGUAA